GCAGCGGGUUUGGGCUUCUGUGAGGGGAAAGUCGACGCCUGGCCCCGGGGAGCGAGCUCUGCAGAGGCGGGCCCGCCCCGCGGGGUAACCUGGACUUGUCUCUGGAUUUUCUAGAAUUUGAACUUCUCCGUUAGAGGAACCGCAAGGAAGACUGACCAGUUCUUACAUUUCUAAAAGCAUGGCCCAUUUUCAGGGCUCAGUGACGUUCGGGGACGUGGCCAUAGCUUUCUCUCGGUGGGAGUGGGAGAGUCUAGGUCCUGCUCAGAGGGCCUUGUACAGAGAUGUGAUGUUGGAGAACUAUAGUAACUUGGUUUCACUGGCAGGACGUUCCCUUUCUAAACCACAUGUGAUUACCUUAUUGGAGGAGUGGAAAGAGCCCUGGAUGGUACUGAGGAAAGAUCAAAGACAACAGUACACAGAUUUUCAGUUGAAGGAUGAGAUAAUCAGCUGUAAAGAAAUGCCCACUUAUGAGAAAUGUACAUGUUUUUCUCUACAUCAGAGAAUUCUUAAUAGAGAGAAACCAUAUGAAUGUCAGGAAUGUGGGAAGACUUUUUGUCAAGGCUCAAAGCCUGUUCAACAUGAGAGAAUACACUCUAGUGAAAAACCCUACAAAUGUGAAGAUUGUGGGAAGAACUUUAGUAAUGGGCAUCAACUUACUACACAUCAGAGAUUGCACAUUGGUGAGAAACCGUAUAAAUGUAAGGAAUGUGGAAAGGCUUUUAUUAGAGGCUCAGCCUUUGUUAAACAUGGGAGAAUUCAUACUGGUGAGAAACAAUAUGAAUGUGAGGAAGGUGGAAAGACUUUUAGCAGUAGCCAUCAAUUUACUGUGCAUCAGAGAAUUCAUAUUAGUAAGAAACCAUAUGAAUGUGGGGAACAUGGAAAGGCUUUUUAUAGUAGCUCAUACCUUGUUCAGCAUCAAAGAAUCCAUAACAGUGAGAAACCCUAUGAAUGUAAGGAAUGUGGGAAAGCUUUUAUAGUGUAUGGAAAACUUAUUCGGCAUCAGAACAUUCACACUGGUGAAAAACCUUUUGUAUGUAAAGAAUGUGGGAAGGCCUUUAGUACCUUCUCAUACCUUGUUCAGCAUCAGCGAAUUCACACUGGUGAAAAACCCUAUGAAUGUAAAGAAUGUGGGAAGGCCUUUAGUACUAGCUCACCCCUUGUCAAACAUCAGAGAAUUCAUACUGGUGAGAAACCCUACAAAUGUAAGGAAUGUGGGAAGGCCUUUACUGUGUAUGGACAACUUACUCGACAUCAGAGUAUUCACACUGGUGAGAAACCCUUUGAAUGUAAGGAAUGUGGGAAGGCCUUUAGACUUAGUUCAUUUCUUAGUGCACAUCAGAGAAUUCACGCAGGGGUAAAGCCCUAUGAAUGCAAGGAAUGCGGGAAAGCCUUUAGUCGUGCCUCAUACCUUGUUCAACAUGAAAGACUUCAUACAGGUGAGAAACCCUAUGAGUGUAAGGAGUGUGGCAAGGCCUUCAGUACUGGCUCAUACCUUGUUCAGCAUCAGAGAAUUCACACUGGUGAGAAGCCCUAUGAAUGUCAGGAAUGUGAGAAGGCCUUUAUUAGUCGCCAUCAACUUACUGUCCAUCAGAGGGUUCAUACUGGUGAGAAACCCUAUGAAUGUACGGAAUGUGGAAGGGCCUUUAGAGUACAUGUACACCUUACACAACAUCAGAAAAUUCAUAUUGAUGUGAAACCCUAUGAGUGUAAGGAAUGUGGAAAAACGUUCAGCCGUGCCUCAUACCUUGUACAACAUGGGAGAAUUCACACUGGUGAGAAACCCUACGAGUGUAAGGAAUGUGGGAAGGCCUUUAGUUCUGGCUCGUACCUCAUUCAACAUCAAAGAAUUCAUACAGGUGAGAAACCUUAUGAAUGUAACAAAUGUGGGAAAGCCUUUACUGUGUAUGGACAACUUAUUGGACAUCAGAGUGUGCACACUGGUGAGAAACCUUUUGAAUGUAGGGAAUGUGGGAAGACCUUUAGACUUAAUUCAUUCCUUACUGAACAUCAGAGGAUACACACUGGUGAGAAACCUUUUAAAUGUAAAAAGUGUGGGAAGGCCUUUAGAUACAGUUCAGCCCUUAAAGCACAUCAGAGAAACCAUAUGGUUGUAAAACCGUAAGAAUUAAAGGAAUGUAGGAAGUCCUUUAAUUAUGGCUCGAACAUUGUUCAUUGUCAGAGAAUUUGUGCUGGUGAGAAACUUUUGAAUGUAAAACGUUGGUAGGCCUUUGGAAAAUAUUCUCAUCUUUCUUAUAUUAGAGAAGUCAUAAUUCAGAACACAUAAGAAAGUCUUCACUUGUCCUUCUUGUGUUUAUAAUAUGAGAAUAUUCAUAGUGGUUACUAGUUCAGAAAAGAUGGGAAAUGUUAAUGCUGACAGCAUCCAUGGCAUGAAAUUUUAUAUGACGUAUUCUAAUAUGAUUGAAAGAAUGACUGAAUGAAUAAAUGAAUUUAAAAACCUUCCAGUUACUCUUAAAUCAUGGCUAAACUUCAGAUAAUUCAUCCUGAUUUUUAAAAACCAGUAAAUACAUAUUGGAAAGUUUGUGGCAUUGGCACACGUUAACUGUCAUCAUUGUCAUUCCACGACUUUGUUUGACAUUGGGCACCAUGUCACCUCGCGGCAUUGUUUUAAAUGACAAUAAUAGAGCCUACAUACUUAUAAAAAACCUAUUCCAUAUUUACUAGUGUUAUUAUCAUGUUUUGGUAACUGCUAGUAAAAUUUUGAGAGUAAGACCUUACAGAUGUAGUUGAUUUAGAAAUGUCCCUAGGGCCGGCCCCCUGGCUUAGCGGUUAAGUGCACGCGCUCUGCUACUGG